AUGCGUGUCUCCCUAACCACUAUCUUUUCCUCCGUGCUCUGCACUGUUUUGGUUUCAUCCCAGGAUCUCGACACCUACGCCGAAAAAUGUGUCAACGAUUAUGGUAUUCCACAGGCAGAACCUAUCCCCGGCUCUUUCUCCCAGUGUACGAAUGACAAUGGGGCACGUGGUGCCAUAGACCUUGUUGAACACAAAUUCGGGCAUAGUAAUGUUUACGCUGUCACCGAGCAGGUUGUGGCCGGUACCAACUAUGUCAUCUUUGUUAUUCGCAACGAACGAACAUAUCGGGUUCCUGUUUACAAAGAUCUUGAGGGGAACUAUUCUCUUCAAGAAGGUAUCUGCUACGAUCUCCCAUCAGAACAAGUUAAACAAUUCAGGACGCUAUUCAGGGAGAUGAACAAGGGCGGUCGUAAGGACACACUUCUCACGGAAGAUGAGUUGGUGAACGCUCUGAAAGAUCAUCCCGUCCUGGACAUACCCGAACGGGAGGCCAGGAUGUUGUUCAAAGUGAUGGAUGUAAAUAAGGACAAGCAAGUCACAUUUACCGAAUUCAUUGAUGGGUUUGUAGCAGCAUAUGGCGUCGAUGACGAUGAAUAG